AAAUGCCCUUGGCUUCCACAGUGAGGAUCUGCAAGUAUAAGUGGAUUGUUUCCUGGUGAGCAUUACGAGCUCCAACUUGGAUUUUCUUCAACUGACCCGUAUCUCAUACUUCUUGUGUCUCAUAUUGCACCAUGAUUUACGCUUAAACCUCUCUCCUCUUAAUCGGCCCUGGCACGAAGGAAUUCAACACCUGGCUUCGAGUGAGAUUUUGUGGAAUGGAUAUCCGUACCUACUAAGGCGGAUGGAAGGAUUCGGGCUUGGAGCUAUCGGCUCUGGUGUCUGCUUCAAAGCUGGGCAUUGUGGCUGGGUCCACGCUAAGAACGCAUGUCCUAUCUUUAUCUCAGCCCAUCUCAGGGCUCAAGUCAUGGAUGCUUAUCGGGAGACGACUUCCAUUGAUUGUGCGACCAGUUCAGAUUGUCAUCUAAGAGAUGCUACAUGUAGGAGGUGACCAUUUCUUCUACUCUCUGCAGUUCUCUUGUCCUACCACAUAGAACUGCCUGUCUGUUAGGGAUUACCUCUUCCAGAUGAAACUCAAGUAUCCGAUACUUCCAUGUGUCCUGCAGCUUUCGUAAAACAAACCACCUCCCAUUGGAUCCCAAUCUGCGCUAGCCUUUGGCGUUUAGCGCAAAACGUCAUGGCUUGCGGCUUAGAUUGAGCCCGAUGAUGGAGCUGUCCCUUCUAAAAACGGGCAACGGCCGCUGGAUAACACCUACAAAUCUUUCCAUCAUUUGAUCGACGUUUUGUUCAGGUAGUCUUGGUAGGUAGGUUGUAUUAUAUAUCAUGAUCCGAUAUUUCGAGUUAAAAAGUGGUCUUCACUCCUCACCAGCAUAACCAACUUGUUACCCGGUAUUUCUGAGUUAAAUCCGGAUCAGAGAUGGUGGAAUUCCAAAAUUUCAACUCAUCAAUGCAAGGAGGCAAUCUUGUCAGCCACAGCCACGAUUGAGCGGAACGCAACGUAUAUCACCCUCACUGAACCUCUGGGCUACUUCUCCGAAUGUGAUGCUUUUCACGUACAACGUUGUAUGCAGUGAACAUAUACGCUGCUUACUCUUAUACAUGAUACUGCGGACUCUUAAUUGGACGCCAUCACUUGUUACAAGUCACGUCAAACCCGGCCUCAUCUUCCCAGCAGCUCAAGUCUCGAUAUCUGGAUGCGGGAUGGGUCUGUGUUGAGCUGAGCUGUUAGUCAUCACCACAUCGAACCACACGUUACAGAACAGAAGGACUCCAUUUAAUGUCAGUUGCUUCUACCAACGUCGACUCACUCUUCGCCUCGUGGAGUAACUACAGCGCAGAUACGAGCGGGAGUUGGGUCAGCGUGGGUAUUCCCGUUCCCAUCUUGACCUUUGCCUAAGCCCUAUUCGUUGACCACUUUCACGAAAGCCUGUUACAGUAGUGCCAAACCUAACAUGUGGACGGACCAACCGAGGACUAUUUUCAGCAACAUCCAUCCAUCCACCCAUAACAGUGGAAUCCAUGCGCUCCAGUCUUAAUUCUUCAGCUCAUCUCUACCGUAACCAUCCAGUUUAUACCGGCAGUCUCCUCUGUUGUCAUCAAGAACUCUAUGCAAAGGAAUAUUCACACAAUCCACCUACAACCCUUGUCCCUCAAUUGCUACCGAUUCCUCCGUCAACGUUAAGCGAUGAUAUACCUUCCCUCUUGGUUGCCUGGAAUCUGGUUUUGAGGUCCCCAUCAACCUCCACUUCGCUUCAAAGUCCCCCAUCCAUCGACAUACCCGACAUCUUCUAGCAAAUUCCAAGCCAGCCGCAUCAUUACCAUGUCAAUAUCUCAUGUUUUAUCUUGCUUGCCAUUGCGAGAUCGUUCCAAACGCCAUCUCGAUGGUUUGCCAGCUCAUCAUUGGGCCAUCAUAGGGUUCCAUCAAUGAUCUAGACCUCGGAACUUUUUGGCUCUAUCACCAGACAUGUACCAGCUUUGAUGCCAUACAUACUUACUUACCCUGUGGCCUUGUUGUAUCUAAGAUUUGCUGGUUUUACGAUUAAUAAGCUACAACGGGACCUGUAAACGAUCAAACACUUUAGCCGCUAUGAUCGCCUUCUGGGCUGAUGUUUCUUGUUCUUAUUGGCGUGCUUUCUAUAAAUACCUCAUCUUGAAGCGGCCUGUCUAGCUUACCAGUAUACUUUGCAUACCACCUAACUAAUAAAGAACUUACGUUUCAGGAUUAAUGACUAACUAAAGUAGUUGCAAUAAUAUCUAACUGCGGCUCCCAGCAGAUGCUACUAGCUGCAUCGGGGUUGUCUUAGAUCCAACACAAACACCAUCCUCAGGUUCAGCUUUAAAUUCCUAGUGCAAUUUCAUUAACUAUCUUCUGCAGGCUGACCAUGUAGCCCAGGAAUCUAGCAAACUAGCUAGCCUCGUCAAUUUAGUCGCUUAGUCGUAUAAGUAAUCUCCACAAGCAAGCGCUCCUCCCUUUCCGCCAAGUUCCCUAUAAUUAACGGUAUACGAAUGAAUGAACACCAUGAUUGCUUCCUCCCAAAACAUUGUUGCGCCCGCAACCCAAACAAAGACGCUUUACGCCUUCGAUUUACCCUUCACUUCAGAUCGAAGCGUGUACUCCACCGUGAUAGAUGGGUUUCGUUUCAGCCACGACUCUGCAACUCGUCUCAAUCGCCUGUCAACCUCUUCAACCUCAUCCAUGUUCCUGAACUGUAGGGCCAGGCCUGGCUUCGUAGCUCGACCAGAGUUCACGAACUCAAGAGUAGCAGCUUGUAGCUCGCACAUUCGAACCUCGAUCUUGACUGAGAGAUUCAGCGUGGAAUCGUUUCGUGAUAUUGUUUCAAGUGGAAGUUUUGUCGACGCAAUGCGUUUCAAUCUCCCCCCGUUUGCACGGAUGCGCUGUCGCUUCAUGAGAAGGCGUCUAGAAUCCAACCCCACGCUUUCUGAAGUUGAAACGCUUGAAGCGCUUGAAUCGCGUCGCUGUCGCUUGAAUGAUUUCGAGUCGAAUCCCCCUUUGUGCUGGUCAUGAAUAUGAUCUAGCGGUGCUGGGCUGUACCCACCAGCAGCUUCUUCGCCCGACCAUGUGGCUUGUGGCCUUCGUUCAGAAUCCUUCGUGCCUCCUCGAGGGGCUAGAUGAUUGUGUGGUACUUGAUCGGACAACCAAGAUUGCGCAUAGGCUUGAGAGGAGAAUUCUCUAGGGCUAGAAGGAGGCUAGCCUUCCUGGCCUCUAGAGUUCGCAUGACUAUUAUGCAACAUUUCCUUAAGAUGUGCGUCCGACUCGUCACGGCUGUUGCUUAUCGGUGGAUUUCUGCGGUUAAGUAGUCCAUUGCCAUACCAAACUUGGUCCGAUCGACGUCGGCCGUUGGAUGCUGUGGGACCACUUCCAGGGAGAAAGCGGCUUUGUCUUAACCCAUCACCGCUUCGUCCAUUGACUGACGGUAUCAGACUACCUCGAGAAGACCUCUGGGCUCUCGCCAAGAUAUUGUUGGUGGAUUGUCGACGAGAAUUACGACGAGUUGAGUGAUCGGCACCAGUAGGAUCUGAUGAUGGCGGUGUUUGCAGAUUUGCCGGCAGUGUUAAUUGCAAGUCUGGCAUUGAAUUGCGGAUUGACUGCUGUCCCAAGAGAGGCCUGAAAGGCUGGCUUAGGAAAGAAGGAGUCUCACGACGUGGAGAUGUGUGAGGAGAUGGAACGGCAUAUGGCUCAGCAAAUGGAAGGUCGGAUGUGGACUCAUCAUCACUUUCGUCUUCGUAGUCUUCUUCCUCGUAUUCUCGGAAUAGGUUGAGGAGUGAUUCUGACAGCUCCUUCAGCGGAAGGCGCCGACGAUGAGAGGCACUCGUCAAAUAACUUCUUGUGCGAGGGAUUUCGGGCGUGGCAGUCUCGUCUGUUGCGAUUUGGAUCGGCUCAUCCCUUGAUGGGCGAAAAUAGUCAUCAAUGUUGCCGAAAUGACGGUGUGAAGCCAAUCCUCGACGUUGAGGGUUUGAUUGCAAUUCAUCUCGGAUAGGAGGAGUGCCAGCCCGUCGAGGUGUAACAUGCACAGGAACUAGUUCUUCUGUGCCGUCUAGGUCGGUCGAAGCGGUUUCCCUUCGUGAAAGAUUGACUGUUAAUCGUGUCCUCAUCAUAUCCCGAACUGCUGGGGCUUUCUUAGGACUCCUUGUCCCAUCCAAGUUUCCCGAUCGUGAGGUUUUCUUGGAUGAAGUGGGAACAGUGAAAGCGGCGUGAGAACCCCUUUCGCCACUUCCAGAUACGUCAGUACCACCAAGAACUCUCUCAGGCUCAUCGUUCAGAGAAGCGACAAGUUCUUGGUCGGUCAACAAGAGCUCUUUUUCCAUGCCAUCAAGACGUGCUCCGUCUCUUAGCCUUGUCUCAACCGUAUUCGAAGUCCAUGGCAGAGGCGAUAGGCUAUUCUCUAACGCCACCAGCUUGUGCUGAGGUUCAUUGUCACCCAAAAACUUCUUCGUGUAAACAGAAUCGCAGAGUCUCUGGAAACAGCUAAGGACGGCUGGUUCAUCCACGAAACGAAGUUCAUCUUUCGAGGGUGUUGUAUUGGGGUCAUACGAUCCAGGUGAACACUGAAUGCUGAGUUGCAUAAAUGCGUUGGAGGGUGCUCGCGAUUUCUCAGGUGAGUUUAGAACUGCGGAAAUACUCGAUCUGAAAAUAGAAACUAGCUUCUUUCCCGUGCUUCUGGAUGAUGAAAUAGGUCGUGAGUCGACCGAGAUGAAAGCUCCCUUCCCCUUGAUGAUAUUGGCAUCAGGGUCAGGCUUGGGUAAGUAGGCUACAAUUUUCAGAUUUUUGGACUGUACUUCGGUUGAGGUUGUUCCAGCGUGAGAGUCUGAUGACACCGCCACGAGCUGAGUUGUAAGAGUGUGACCAAACACUUGUGUGAUCGCCUCUCGCGUGCUUGGUGCUGAGCAUGGUGUGUAAAGCCACGGCUGGAUUGAACUACCAGGUACUUUGAAUGAUAGUCUGAUGUGUGGAAGUGCGAUCGCAUAACCCUCUAGGAGUCGUCUGACAUCUGUUAGGGUCUUUCGGCUCACUUUGAUAGCAUUUUGUUUCCGAACAGGAAGGUUUUGAAACAAAUUCAAAGCUUGGACGGUUGUUCCGACAGGAGCGGAAACAGGCUGUUGGCUGCUAAUUCCGCCUGAUUUUGUGUUUAAGAGAAGUAGUGAUGCAAUGGGGUCCUGGGCUGUUCGAGUUGUGAUUUUGAUCGUAGCCAGAUAAUUGGCACUAGCAAGAGCCUCGCCACGAAAACCAAGUGUCUCGCCGCCUUUCAAAUGAAGUUCGUCGAAGUUUCGGAGCUUGCUCGUAUGAGACCGACGCCCCAGUGACUUGAAGUCGUCCACCUGUAUCCCACAACCAUUGUCUCGGACUUGAACUCUGUCGACGGUGUUGGGAGCAACCGUGAUUUCGAUAGAUGUGGCGCCCGCGUCAAUACUAUUAUCAACAAGCUCCUUGACGAUGGAGAGGGGGUCUGGAAGCGAGGAUGAGGACCUUAGGAGGUGUGCUGAAGAUGGCGGCAACGCGGAUAUUGACAUUGCGAUAGUGAGAUGGCUUGAAGAUGAAAUUGAGAUAUGAAUUUCCCAGGUAGUUUCUAUGCUGCAUUAAGACACAGCAUCUGGUUGCCCGAGAGACUAACACGGAUCAUGUGGAUAUUAUGCUGGUGGAGUUAUAUAAGAAGGGGAAUUCAAGCAGGGGGUGUUGGAGAAGAGGAAGAUGAAAGGGAAGAAAAACAAUUGAGACGAGUGGUGAUUCUCGUCUGCCUUCCAUAGGUACAAUUCAAGAAUAUAGAGAGA